GUGUUAUGAACAUAAAGGAAACUUACCGAAGGGAAGUGACGUAUUUCAGCGACACACCGUUUCCGCUCUCUUUUCGUUGAGGCUCAGCUAGCGGCCGGCCUGCAAACAUGCAGAUCUUCGUGAAGACGUUGACGGGGAAGACCAUCACCCUCGAGGUUGAGCCCAGCGACACUAUCGAAAAUGUCAAGGCUAAGAUCCAGGAUAAGGAAGGAAUUCCCCCUGAUCAGCAGCGUCUGAUCUUCGCUGGCAAACAGCUGGAGGAUGGACGCACACUGUCAGACUACAACAUCCAGAAAGAAUCCACUCUGCAUCUGGUUCUGCGUCUGCGUGGUGGUAUCAUCGAGCCUUCACUCAGGCAGCUGGCCCAGAAAUACAACUGCGACAAGAUGAUCUGCCGCAAAUGCUAUGCCCGUCUGCACCCACGUGCUGUCAACUGUCGCAAGAAGAAGUGUGGACACACCAACAACCUUCGCCCCAAGAAGAAGCUGAAGUAGACACUUCAAAUGAAUUGGCUCUCUUUGCCAGUUUGUGUUAAAAUAAAUGUAAGAAAAUGA